ACGUGGGUGCUUAUAUUCUACGCGUCUAUAGCAUCGCCCAUCAUGUGGCUUGCUCAGCCUCACCUCUGAGUCAAACCACAAAGCGUCCACUCAUCUACAAGAAGCCCAAAACAUCAAGCCAAUUCCUCUCUCAUGACAAAACUCUUCACUUCUCUACUUCUACACGCGCUGCUUUCUGCGUUACGUUGAACAACAUGGGCGGCCUCGCCUUCGCAACACCUGGGCCCAACGGCUCACCGCCGCUCGCCGUUCCCCGCAUGUCGCCAGCCGUCUACCAAACCCUCAAAUCCAAAAUAAGCCCAAUACUCUCCCAAUUCUUCUCCAAAGUCGCCACGCCUCCAGAAGCACCCGGGAAAACGUCCCACGGCGACAUCGACUUCCUCGUCGAAGGACCAUUGAACUCAUCUUUCACUCCCAACGACAUCGCAGACGCGUUAAAUGCAACCCGCCAUGUCAAAAAUGGGGCUACCCGCAGCUACGCAGUCCCGCAUCCCGAAGUACCCGAUGCGUUCGUUCAGGUUGAUACGCACGUCUGCCCGGAUGGUCGGCUAGCUUGGGAGUGCUUCCACCAGGCGUACGCGGAUCUUUGGCAGAUCAUUGGAGUCGCGCAUCGUUCGCUUGGGCUGACGGCAACUGACAAGGGCUUGCAUGUCCGGAUUGAGGAGCUCGAGGCUAAGAAUCGGAAGGCGAGUAUGCAAUUUUUGAGCGAUGAUCCGGUACGGGUGUUGCAGUUCUAUGGACUGGAUGUGGAAAGGUACGACAAGGGCUUUGAAAUGAUGGACGAGCUCUAUGAGUGGGUAGUCUGGGGAAGGUUCUUCAGUCGAGAGGUGCUAGAAGCGAGGGAGGAGAAGGCGAAUGAUCGACGGAGGUUGAAAGAGAGAGACAUGUAUAGGAAGUUCAUCAGUGAGUGGAUGCCGGCACAUCCAGAUGCGGGCGUGAAAGAAAAGAGUUGGACAAGGCAGGAUGUCUUGGCUGAGGCCUUGAAAGAGUUCGGGAAGCAGCAGGAGUAUGACGGGAUUUUACACGAGCACCAGAUUCAAGAAGAUGAAGCGGCAUUGUGGCAAAGGAUUGCGGCUGCCAUUCCAAAGGACGGCAAUGGGCUCAAUCGGGCGCUGAAGGCUUUAAAAAUUUGGGUGCGCUUUGAGGAUGGCCAGCCGGUUGUGAGGACGGUUCCGAAGUUUGGUGUUCAAGGACGACCUCUUUGGGUUUUGGUAGUGCGGGACGAGGACAGUGUGCUUAAGUGGGUCGGAGAGCAUUGGGAAGAGGUUAGAGCGUUGGAGAAGAUGAGGCAGACAGACGAAAGGCAUGAACGGGAAGCUGAAAAGAGGCUGGUGGACGACCUAGAGGUCGAAGAGGUGGCAUCUGGCGAGGGAAAUUCGGAGGCACAAUGAGCGAGAGUGGGGGUCUUAUUUUAUGGGAGAGUUUGAUACCCGUUUCUUAGGAGGCGGGACUCGAGAAAUGCUGUACCUAAGUCAUGCUUUUAUCUCGACCUUCCAUCAACCAUAGCUCAUCUCAACAUUUCAAUGCGAGCUUCUAAAGGAACUUUUUAUUGCUCAAUGUCAGAAAUAGGGACUCAAGGGGUUUCUUGGUUAGGAACAUCUCCAUUUUGUGUAUAUUAACAUACAACUGUAGAAAAACUCUUCACGCUCUCACUAAAUACAGAUUGGAAUGAAAUUGGCCCGUUGCUAUUCAAUAGGCUCUUU